UAUCAGUGCGCUUUGAAUUGUCAUUUUAUUUUAAUUUGGUUGUCAAGUUAAAUAUUUUAAAUUCUCUGACGAUUUAGAUGUAUUAAAAUGGCACCACGCAAACCUCCAGUAGGUAGACCAUCUAGAGGUGCAUCCGGUGUAAAUAAAAUCAAGAAUGAUAGACCUUUCAGUCCAGGACAAAUUGCCAAAAAUCGGUUCUACAAUUUUCUAAAGGAUAUGAAAAAGACGGUACCCGGAGUAAAUUUGAACAAACUGGAGACAGAAUCAGUAAGGUUGCGGAAUAAACUUGGGGCGAAAUCUAAGACUCCAUACUCAACUAUAGCACGAAGAUCAAGAAGGAAGAAGAUAAGGAUAGGUAGAAGACGGAGGAGCCGAAAUAGGAGUAGGUCCCGUAAACGUUCCAAAUCACAUCGACGAAGCACCAUUAAAAAAUAAAAAUUUUGUUUUCAAAUUCUGUAAUGUAAAUUGAUAGUGUUGAUAUGAAGUUAAAUAAAAGUAAAAUUCCGGGUUGA